AUGUUAAAGACAUUAAAAAAAAAGGAUGGUUGUAAUCCGUAUUUACCUUUAUAUUCUGAAGAUGAUGUGUACACAACAAACUCUACCACAACCUACAGUAAGAUUCCAGCAGACUGCAACCUGUUUGGUAGCAAAUUCAGAUCAGAAAAUUCAAGCUACAAGCUAAUACUAAACACUACAGAUACUUUUACUUACUGGGUUGGUGCCAAAAUAGGCUUCAAGAGGAAUAUAAAUCCUUUAGGAGUGCUAAGGAAGUGCAAUGGAACAAAAAGUAGAAGUUUAGAUGAAUGUGAUAGUCGUUGCAAAGGUUGGAAAUAUUUUUGCUACAAUGAAAAGUCUUGCAGCUGUUCAAAUGAUUACAAGAAAAAAAAUGGGCUAGCACAGACAAAGAUAUGUGAUAACCCAGAGAAUGGCCUCUGUCUUUUAAGUCACGGAGUGGUCUAUGAAAGAGAUGUAGAUGUUCUGAACGAUUUCCUAUGUGGUGCUUACCAAUUUUCCAAACAAUUCGACAAUAGUUGGAUAUUCAAAACUCUAAAUUGUUCUGAAAAGAUCAGCUUUAUUUGCGAUGAAGAUGAACCUUCAUCCGUCCAAGUUAAUAGUUCAUGGCUAUCAGCAGAGCAUACAUGUUCAAAAAGAGAUCAACAUUUGUUACAGUCUACAGAGAAACUUGGUAUUGAAAUCAAAGACGGCACAAUUUAUUGGGUGUCUUCUUUUCGGCAAAAAAAGAUUUUCUGGGGAAAAGACUUUUCAAACAUAGUUUGUGUAGCUGCAAAAUUUGAAAUAAAUGGAAGCUAUCGUCUAGAGUCACAUUUCUGCAAUGAAAGUCUGGAAUCCUUAUGUCACAAACCUGACGCUUCUAGUUAUGGAUCAUCAAAAAGUGUGAUUUUGACAUCUUCUUUGGGAACUGUACUAGGUGGUGUCUUGGUUUGUGUGGUUUUAGUUGCAGCCAUAAAGAAUAGACGAAACUGAUGAGAUGUAAAUUCUUAUGAUGUGCGAUUUGGAAAUGUGGAGAGUUGGGUGUUAUGUACCAGCAUUUAAAACAUUUUCAAAGUUUGAAUUUUAAAAUGUCUCAAAAUCGAAAAUAAAAAAUAUUAACACACUAUUCUUCAAAGGGACGAGAAGAUGUUAUGUAGACGGUAAUGACCUUUUUGUCUUUGAGUAUUUUUGUAUAUAAUAUGUAUUUUAUAUUUAUUACAAAAGAACAACUCCUGGGUUUUUUUCCUUUAAAAAAAUAUGUAAAAUUCGAGGCUUUUAGAAGUUUAUGUCUACGAUCAAACGUAAAUUUAAAACUUACGUUGAUGAAAACCUCUUAUUGAUAAAUACCAAAUAUACGUGCUAUAAGAAUAUUUUUUGUUUCACGAAAUUACCAAUUUUUAUGAGAGAGAGAAAAUAUAACUUAAAUCUAACAUGUUUUAAUGGGCAUCUCUUGGGGUUUUUUUUAAGUUUCAGAUGCUUUUUGUCAUUCUUUUUGGCAAGAGAAAUGAUAAAUACCUUUUUGGUUAAGAAAUUUGGUUUUAAAUUGGUCUUAUUUUUUUUUUCACUAAUGUAAAUAAAUAAAUAAAAGAAAAGGUGGUUAAGUAGCAAUUUAAGGAUGCCUCGUCCGUCGGCAAUUUUCAAUGAUGAUACCUUCUCAUUCGUCAUAUCUUACUGCACAAAGAAAUGCACUUCAUAUGUGUGUACAUAAUGGAGUGGGUCAAUGUGAGACCAAAUAUACG